CAUGGUUUUAUGAUUCUAUCAGCUCUGACAAAGUUUGCAAAACCAGUGGUACGAAAUUUAGGGUUGCAGUCUACAGUUUUGAGACGAUCAUUAGGAAACAUGGCUUUUGAAGAUGAGAAGAGUAAGAAGAGACAGGGCCAUGAAAAACCUAAACCUCUUCCUGUUGAUCCAAUGGAGUAUACCAUCCUCAAAGAGGGAGAUGCAGAGAUUCUCAUGCAUGGAAACGAUGUUUUCUACAAUAAAACUCAGGUUGUCAAUAGGGACUUAUCUAUCGCAGUUCUGAGGACAUUUAUUUCUAAACGCUUGGAAGAGCAUCCUGUUAAGGUAGCCAAAAAGGUAGAUUCCCGACAAGAAAAAUCAGAGGAAGCACGGUCUGAACCUGUAAAUGAAGAAGAGCCAUCUAAAGUGUUACAUUAUCAAGACUUAAAUGGUGUGAGUCAGGAUGCUUCUCAAGCCAAGCCAAGUGAUAGCUCAAAUGGUGCAUGUGAAACCAUGGCCAUUAAAGCACAGGCCGAACCUAAGCCGGUUAAGAUUCUUGAGGCUUUAGCUGCUUCAGGAUUGCGAGCAUUGAGGUAUGCCCGUGAAGUAGAUGGGGUUGGUUCAGUUAUAGCCAUAGACAAUGAUAAAGUGGCUUAUGAAGCCUGCAAAAGGAACAUAAAAUUAAAUGGUUCUGUGGCUUGCUCAAAGGUUGAAGCCCAGCUUGCUGAUGCUCGAGUUUAUAUGCUCACUCAUGAGAAAGAGUUUGAUGUGGUUGACCUCGAUCCUUAUGGUUCACCUUCUAUUUUCUUGGAUUCUGCAGUUCAAUCAGUUGUGGAUGGUGGGAUGUUGAUGUGCACAGCUACUGAUAUGGCUGUACUCUGUGGGAACAAUGGGGAGGUUUGCUAUUCCAAAUACGGUUCCUACCCUUCUCGGGCAAAGUACUGCCAUGAAAUGGCUUUAAGAAUCCUUAUUGCCUGCAUCGAGAGCCAUGCCAAUCGCUACAAGCGAUAUGUAGUUCCAGUUCUUUCUGUAUCGGUCGAUUUCUACAUUCGUGUAUUCGUGCGCAUAUACACUUCUGCAAAGGAAGUGAAAAAUACUCCAAUUAAGCUUUCAUAUGUCUAUCAGUGUGUUGGGUGUGAUUCUUUCCAUCUGCAACCUUUGGCAAGGACUGUGACCAAGAACAACAGUGUUAAGUAUGCACCUGGUUAUGGUCCUGUGGUGCCUCAAGAAUGCAGUGACUGUGGUAAGAGAUUUAACAUGGCGGGGCCCAUUUGGUCUGCCCCUAUUCAUGACCCUGAGUGGAUCACAUCAACAUUAGCAAGUGUCCUUGCAACAAAAGAUCGAUACCCAGCACAUGAAAGGAUCACUGCACUUCUAACUGCCAUAUCUGAGGAGUUACUUGAUGUCCCACUCCAUUUGAGCCUUCACAGUCUGUGUGCCACUCUGAAAUGCACUUCUCCUUCAGCCAUCAUCUUCCGCUCUGCAGUCAUAAAUGCAGGGUACCACAUUUCUGGCACACAUACACUUGCUAUUGGGCUCAAAACCGAUGCCCCCAUGAAUGUCAUCUGGGAUAUCAUGCGCUGCUGGGUGAAACUUCAUCCAGUGAAAGCACAACCUCCCGACCAGUCAGGAUAUGCGAUCCUGGCUAAAGAACCUACACUUGAGGUCAAUUUUGCUCGAGCAAGUGCAGCGCUGAGCAAAGCUCAAGCAAAGAAAGUUGCCCGUUUUCUCCCAAACCCUGAGAAUCACUGGGGGCCAAAGCCUAAGGCUGGUCGCAAGAUCACCAGCAAGCAUGCUUCUCUUUUGGGUCCCUCAAAAAUCAAUGGUUUCAUGAGAAACAAUGAAGAUGCCCAGCCUGAUGCCAAGCGCCAAAGGCAGACGAUAUAACUCAGGCCUCUUGACAGUGGGUCUCUCUCUCUCCAAGUUAUAGUGAGAAAAAGGGCAAGAGUUGCCCUGUAGAAGGGAUGUUUAUGCUAGUUUAGGUGGGUGGUGGAGGGUGCUGUAGAGGUUGAUCUUACGAAAAUUUUGGUUGCCUGGGUGAGAUAAGAGUUGUGUUAGACAGUAGUUUAAUUUGGACAAUGUUUAUAUAAAGGUCGACACCUUCUAUUGUA